AUGAUAAGAACAAGCAGCCCCUCAGGCAAUGAAGUCGAGAUUCCAGGAGCUGAUCUCUACCUUGAAGGAUUCGAAGGAUCCGAACCGGCGCACAUCUUAUCGGAACCAAUUCCAGAUCACGUACCAGACUAUCAGCUCGCCGAGUCCUUCCAGACGCAAUCCAUCGCUGCAAUGACACAAACAGAUCGGGAACAUGCCUAUAAUGACAUUCACGCAAUCCCAGAGGCAAAAAAAGAAGAUCCAGUCCUUAUCAGCCGAAGUCUUGAACUUCUGGAAGAAGAGAUCUUAAAACGGGACGACAAUGAAGCGUACCUUAAAGCACAAUCUUUGAAUCCAGCUUAUGUUGGAAAUCGAGAAUUUCGGCUGAUGUUUUUGCGUACAGACAGAUUUGAUGUUCCAAAUGCAGCUCUGCGAAUGGUCCGACAUUUUCAGAUUAAGCUAGACCUGUUUGGAAAGAAUAGACUCGGGAGGGACAUCACUCAGGACGAUAUGACCAAGGAAGAUAUGGAAGCCUUGAGGGAUCCGAUUGUUCGAUUAUUACCGACCAGAGACCGUGCUGGGAGGGCGAUUAUUCAUUUUGUUUCAAAUAGCGCGAAUCAUUUGUUUAGCUUGGAAGCGAGAAUGCGUCGGUUGUUCUAUUUGUUUAUGCUCUCUCUGCGGGAUUCAGAUACUCAGAAGCGAGGAAUAGUGGUCAUUUGCUGCUACAUAAACAAUACCGAGAUCGAGGGUUUAAAGUCUGGUGGCUUCGAUGGUGCGUGGAAGUCACCAAGGCUCGCCCUUGGUAUCCCUAUUCAUAUAGCAGCAGUGCAUAUGGGAUACAACUCGAUGAGAUGGGCUCCAGUGCAUGCGAUAUUGCGGAUGACACUGGGUAUUUUCACACGAAUUCGAUUUCGUGCUCACUAUGGCAGUAAUGAGGAGUGGAUCAAUAAUAUGAAAAGUGUUGGCAUCCAACCAGAACAGCUUCCCUUUAGAACAAAUGCUGAGAACUUUGCCAAUUUAAAGUUUUUGGAAGUACACAGGGCAAAAGAAAGGAUGAAAUACCCAAAGAGGAGCCGUGUUGGUGUGCCCGGUCCUAAUGAUGUACUCUUCGGGAAAGGUAGCCGGUUCCAAAAUCAUGUUGGCAAUGUCAAAUUUCGCAGGUUUAUCGCAGACUGUAGGAAGACUUACGAAAAGACAAAACGAGGAGAGAAGCAACAUUUGAUUCGAGAAAUUGUCGAUACAGUCACGCAGUCUUCGGGUUUAUUUCUGAAAGAAGAUGACGAAGGCUGGAUUGUUGUGGACGAUGCGGCUGCAGCAUACAAAGUCGGUGCAGUCUUCCGCACACUUCGAACAUUAGAUGGAUAG